AUGGCUGAUCCUAGCUUCUCUUCAAGUAACUUACCAAAACUUAGCGAUAUUCAAGAUUAAUUCUAGCUAUAGACCUAUUUAUACUUAUGAAUAAGCCUAAUCCUCCACGCAAACAAAGAACAUUUAACCUGAAAUUAUCUCAAUCAAAAACCCAAGAAAAUUGAACCAAAAUUGAACAAAUCCCUCCAGAAAACCCUAUAAAUCAGAGCAAAAAUAGCCAGAAUAGUUCCAAAUUUAAUACUAAUUUUACCUCAAAUACAAAAUUCUUAAAACAGAAUCAUAAGCCAAUGAGCUUAAAUUUUGGCCAGCCCAGAAGCCUGGCUAGGGUCCGAACUGAGAAAUAUUCCCUCAAGAAGGCAGGAAGGGCUCAGAAACAAAGUAAUAGCCCCAGUCCUCGCCAAAAGAUUCUUGAAAUCAACUAAAAACCACGGAAAUGUUCCAAACAACUGAAAAUUAGCCACCAAUGAUAUACAACCCGGUUUGAAACUCAAACGAGGAAAGAAGAGACUCCUUCAGAAAGGUAUCUCAGAGACAUUGUUUCGGGACUGGCGAGCAGAGCUCAGUAAACAUACUGGCCUAAGCCCUGUGCUGGAUAGGUCACCUCCUUUGGCUCAGACACAGCCAAAAUGCUUCGCCUUUGAAUCUGCGACCAGGAGCAGAAGUAAUUUUCAAAAAGAGGAGGAGUUAAAACUCAACAAUAAACAAAGAGAACUGAUGUGAAAGUCCUCAAGAGCGAUCAAACGUCAAGAUUUAAAGAAUACAGAACCCUUGGUAGUUACAGAGUCUAAAUAACAAACCUAAAUCAAGAAACCUCAAGCAACGUUCGAGAAUCAUGACUGCCCGGACUAAGACUAGAAAUAUCCUAAAAAGAGACUUAAAGAAGGCAUUCACUCUAAACCUUCUACCCAAGCAACGCCCCCUCUACAAGAGAUGAAGAGAGAACUUUGAUUACUUGUUCAAAGGAGGUGUAAUGGAAGCCUCAAACUCUAUAAAAAAUGGGUAUGAUAAACCACCACCACAGAAGA